AUGAUGAAUUCAAAGAUAGAACAAGAACCUCAACAAUCAGUUGAAGAUUUAUUAAAAGAAUUUCAACUUUUUCCUUUUAUAUUAGAUAUUAUCUCUCGGCUUAAAGAUGAUGAGCUUGAGGUAUCUAGAGCAGUCAAUGCACUCAACGAAAAGGUAGCUAAAUCACUAAGAGUUCUUAACUCUAUACCAGGCACAAAUAGAACACUUGAAGAACAAGAAUUAUUAUUAAAAUCAUAUAAAGAUAAAUUAAGAAAGAAAAAGGAACUAAUUGCAAAACUUACAGAGGUUGAAAUGUUUAAAAAAUAUACAGAUAGCGAUGAGAAUGAACAAUCAUCAUCAUCAUCAUCAUCAAACAAUAAUAAUAUAGAUCAACAACAGGAUACAAAUAUGAUUAAUAGUGUAAAUCAAGAUAUAGAAAUGACAGAAUAA